UGGCGCGGGCGAGACCUCGCCGCGGACCCGUCGCGCUGGACGCACGUCCUCACGUCCGACGAGAUCGCGGAGCUGGACGACGCGCUGCGACGCGCGCGCGCCGGCGGCGUGGACGUCAUCGACCUCACCCCCGAGACGUUCCCUCUGCCGACGCUCGCCCCGCGCCUCCGUCGCAUGCGCGACGACCUCGUCCACGGCCUCGGCGUCUACCUCAUCCGCGGCCUCCCCGUGGAGCGAUACGACCGCUGGGAGACGUGCGCGGCGUUCUACGGCAUGGGGACGCACAUGGGGUGGGCGUGUCCGCAGAACGCGGCGGGGCACGUCCUGGGGCACGAUCUGGGACGCGAUCCGAACGACCCGGCCACGCGGACGUACACCACCUCCGCGGCGCAGCCGUUCCACACGGACAGCGCGGACGUCGUGGGGCUGUGCUGUCUGAACAACGAUGUCGUCGGGGGCGACUCCAUGGUCGCGAGCGUCGUGGAGAUUUGGAACAGGAUGCGAUCGGAGUCGCCCGCGGCGUUGCGGACGCUCGCGGAGCCGUUCCCGGUGGACCGAAAGGGCGAGAUACCGCCCGGGUGCGGGCCGACGUACGACAUGCCCGUGUUCCACGUGCAUCGGGGUGACGGUUCGGGGAGUGAACCGGCGGAACCAACGCUGAUGAACGCUGGACCCGAGUGGCUGCUGUCCGGGAUAUACGACCGGAACUUUAUCGCGUCCGCGCAGGCGCGGUUCGACGUCGAAAACGACGGCGUCCCCAGGCUGACGUCCGCGCAAACCGAAGCCCUGGACGCGCUGGACGCGAUGUGUUUGGACGACGACGUGUGCUUGCACAUGCGCUUAGAGCCCGGGGACAUUCAGUGGCUGCAUAAUCACACGACGCUGCACGCGCGGACGGCGUACGGCGUGGACCCCGGGGGGAGAGACGCGGGGGAACCGCCGCCGCGGCAUCUGUUGCGACUGUGGAUCACACCUCCGAAUGCGCGGCCUCUGCCCGCGUCGUUCGCGACGCGGUUCGGGUCCGUGACCGUGGGGCCGGAGCGCGGGGGGAUCCGCGUGGAGGGGCAGACGCCGUAUUGCGCGUUAGAG